UUUGGUAAAUUAUAUGUACACACUGAAAGUUAUACUGAUUUGUACAAUGUGUAAUUAUGUGUUGUAAAGUAGUUUUAUCUUGGUGUAUUUAAAUGAAAAGUGGCCGAUAUUUCCCUGUGUUAAUACUUCAGCUUGGACUUUUGCUGCUUGAUUUAUUGUUAAAUGCUUUCGUUGACUUCUGGCGUUCAACGUUUGUCGUUCUACUUGCUCUCAAUGUAGUUCAAGGCAUUGGUAUUGUUUGUAGCAUUAUAAUUUUGUUUUUAAUGUUUGCAAAUACAUAUGUGUUUCGUGCUGGACUCUUGGGAAUAUUAAUAUCUCGCUAUAGGUUCACCCUCAUUAUUUGUUUCAGUUACCUUGCCAUCAGUAUUGCAUGGCAUUUUUGGAAUUUAAAAUUUAAAUGGGAUAACCCUUAUGCGUACACAUGGACAACAAAUUUGUUAGUUUUGUACAUUUUACAAAGAAGUUGUGCAGUUUUAUAUUAUUACUUUUAUAAGAGGACUGCUCUCUUAGUAGUUGAUCCGUGUUUUUAUGAAGAUGGCGACUGGCUUAAAAUGAAAGUAGCCAGAAGAUAACAUUUCGAUUAGAGAAUUGGAAACAGUUCUGCUUGAAUUGAAUACUUUAAAAAAGAAUGCAAAAGUUUACAAACAACUACAGAAUUCAAAUAUAUGUUUUCGUGCUGAUUCUAAUGCCUUAAAA